AUGGCCUCAGUGUCAUCGUCUCCAGAAGCUCCCCAGCAGAGCAGCAUAUCUACCUACCAUCUCUACCCAGAAAAUGAGCACAGCAUCCUGAUCUCACCGCACCAACUUCCUAUCAAACCGAGGAAACGACGCAAGUUCCUCAAGGAAAAUCCCGAAGUCGCGACAGAUCCAAAUGGCUUCUUCGUCCACAAGCCCUACAUCUCGUUCCACCGACCCCCGCGGACCCUGCGACGAGGCAGUAGCAAGCAGGGACCCCCCAUCUGUCUCAUCCACAACUCCGUCUUCUGGAAACGCUGGAAUCUCCAGUUCGGGGAAGACAUGGUCGCAGCGAUUGACCCAAGAGGCGCAGUGAGCUGGAGCCGACGAAGCAACCCUGACAACCGCAUCGACGACGGCGACGACCUCGCAUUGAAGGGCUACAAAGUGCGCACGUGGCGACUCUGGCGCGAAACGGGCAAGCAGUACCAUCGAGACGUGAACGCAAAGCGGAUACAGAAGAAAGGGAACACCAGUAAAGAAGAUGCGCAGCAGGCAGUCGGUCAUUCCGACAAUGAUCCCGAUCCGGAUGCGGGUCAUCGACCUGCGCGUGCCGACGAUGCCAUAGCGCUGUGUUGGAUCGCGCCACUAUCCACGCACACCCGUCGUUAUCAGUGGAAGUACGCUGGGGUUGACCUCGUCUGGAAGGGCACGAGGAGUCUCUCCGCAGAGCACAAGUGGUCGAAGCGCUGCUUGCCAUGGCACCAUCUCAAGCUGACUGCUCGGUACCACCUUCUUCUGGCGAUGAUAGCACUGAUCAAAGCCAAGGAGAAGCGGUUCUCGCUCAGUAUUGCAGCAGCAUCGCGAAGGAAAAGAGGCAAUCAUGACAGCUCCCUCAUCAGAGCCCAUGAUGCCGUUAUGGCGACUGCAGUUUGUAUGGUUGUCGGGGAGAAGCAGAGACGGAAUGUUGUAUAUGCGAUCUUCAAAGCAAUCAGAAAGGCCGGCGAGGACGGGGGAGGUUAG